AUGAAGCUCCUAUUUCUUCCCUUUUUGGCUCUUCUGAAAGUUCUAGUUUCUGGGCAAAACUUGAAUUAUGACGGUAUCACUGGCCUGAUCUACUCGCCCAACUAUCCGAAAGACUACGAUAACAGCGCCAACGUAGUAUUCACUAUCACAGUUCCUUCCGGUCAUUACAUUCAUCUUACAUUCCUCGAUUUCCUGACAGAGGAUUCCUAUGACUACUUGGCAGUUCAGCAAGGAACAGGUGAUGAAGCGGAGCCUAUUCAAAAGUAGGAAUUUCGGGAUCACAUCAAUCAAACAUUAACUUUCUCAGCUACUCCUCCAUUUCCGGAGAUCGUACCGGACUUUCCAUUGACAUCACCUCAUCGGAAGCCACGCUUGUAUUCACCAGCGACCUGACUACAACAUUCCGAGGAUUCGCCAUCAGAUUCGACAGUGUUUUGACUGGUUCCGAAUACAUGCCAACCAACACGUGCUCCAGUCCUUUGCACAGCAGCGAAUUUGGCAUUGUGACCUCUCCCAGCUUCCCCGACAACUAUCCGAACAAUAUCUCCUGCUCAUAUUUACUUAUCGCCCCUGCAUCCCAUGUGUAAGCGUUUGUAAUAUGACGAAAUUCGAAUUAGCUCGCGGAGAAGCAUGACAAAUGGUGCGUCUCUGUGACCUAUUCUGACUUGAAUUUUCUUUAUAGAACUGUGACUGGAUCCGGUUAUCAUUUCAGAAUCACUCUUCAAUUCGUGGCAUUCAACACAGAAGAUGGCUACGAUAUCGUGUACGUCUAUGACGGAUCCAACAACUCUUACCCCCUAGUUGGAAAGUGAGUUCUUGCGUCAGAGCGUUGAAUCUAGUUCGUUCGAAUUGGCCAGGUACUCUGGCAAGAAGGUUCCAGCAACAAUCUAUUCAACCGGAAACACCCUGUACCUUUUCUUCCAAUCCGAUCUUGUCAACAACUUUUCCGGCUUCUCGGCCCUUUACACAAGCGCGGCAGCGAGCAAUGAGUUCAGAAGAGGAGUUCUUCCACAGGUACAGUACACCCAACCAAUCAGUCUCCCAACAGAUAUUCAGUCCUACACGGCGGACCCAACACCCCGUCGCGAUGCGAAUAUUUUGAAGUGGCUGAAGGACAAGAAGGGAGCAGCAAGUGUUGGAGGAGCCAACAGUAUUUAG